GGUGGUCAACUCGAAAACAUUCGCAUACCGUUGCCCGGCGCGAUAGGUUCCCGGUCGUGAGCAAGCUUCCGGUAAAGGCAGUCAGCAGUUUGGCAAAACUUUCUACACACACUAACGCAAUACAGAAGAGUUGUUUCAUCGUGCCAGCUAGCUUCUAACACAGUCGGUACGAGAUAAGGAAAACGCGAUGGAUCCCAGUAUUCUAGCAACCAUGGACCGUGACGCACUGAAAAAGCAGAUCGAAAACAUGAAGUACCAAGCCUCGAUGGAGCGGUGGCCAUUGUCGAAGAGUAUCGCAGCCAUGCGAGAAUACGUGGAGGAGAACGAAAAGAACGAUCCACUGAUUCACGCACCGGACAAGAAGAAUAAUCCUUGGGCCGAGAAGGGCAAAUGUGUCAUCAUGUAAAUAGCGUCCUAUCUUCUACCGAUAAUUCUUCUACUUCUACUCUACUACCACUACUACUACUACUACCACAACUACCACUACUACUAGAACUACUUCUACACCCCAAAACCAAUCAACUAUUUACUACAACAACUUGCUACCAUUACAACAAAUGUACCAUAAGCAUCACAGCAGAGAACUUCAGCGACGAAUCGAAACUAUCAAAUCCGUACUACUUUGUGCCACUUUUUGCCUCUUCGGCCCACACAGUACUUCAAAUCGUCGAACAAUUCAAUCGGUGUCCGAGAGUAUCAGCUUCAAAUCUCAAACUACAGUGAUGCAAGAUGUAGCUUGUAGCAGCUGUUGUUUCCGCUACCCUCCUUUCUAUUCGGUGCAUCAGUUUUGUGGUUCAGUCAUUGACGGAGGAUCUGUUGAAAAUAAGAAUUAAAUAAGGAGUAACAGGAACCAAAUGCUAGCAAAUGCGAAAAUCAAUCAACAUAAUGCUCUAAAAGAUCUGUGCGGAAGUUGACAACAAGCUUACGCUGGCAUCAUGUCAGUCAUUUCAGUUCCUUUUAUGUAUCAUAAGAAAAAGUUUUGUUGUAUGUUUGUGUAUUUUUCCAUUUAAUUUAGUUUAAACAAGAAUGUUAUUCAUAUAAUGAUUUGAUUUAUGAUGUUAAAGAUUUUAAAGCAUUUUAGUGUACAUCCAAAAAAACAGAUGCAUAAUGUAUGUUAAAUGAAGCUGGAAAAGUUAAAAAUGAAAGGCACAGAAAGGAAAAAAAAGUAAAACCAAACUUGUGGCAUAUUUGAUCGUCCCAGCAGGGCUAAAUUUUCAUCUUGCUUUUAAUCUCAUUGCGUUCUGUCUAUUAGCUUUAAGUUCCUAUCAGAUCGGUGUUGUUCUGUUUGUUUUGUUUGUUUGUACUGUCCUGUCAACUAUUCAUUAUAGUAAGUGCAAUAGCAGAAUCUGAAAAAGAAACCCAAAUACUCCCGAAUGUUUGUAACUCCCUUCCCUCAACUCCGGUGUAGCCACAAACACGUAAAGCAGCGAAACUGUGCAAAAUGUGCAAAAUUUAAGAGAAAAAUUAAAGAAAACAAUUAGCGUGUGUAGCUAAUUGCACUACCGAUCUACCAAAAAACCAAACCAUUUCUAUCAUUGUUGCAUACUUUCGCCUGGUUGUUUUACUGUUUUUUUGUCGUUUUCUAUCGGCACACAAAGAUGAACAUAGGGUAACAGCUGGCACACUUCACUACCCACAUCACAUCAUAUCUAUUGAAAACAAAAAAAAAGAUACUGGCCAUAAGGGAUUUGUGGGACAAUUUUGUAAACAAUUCGUUGGAAUGCAAAAAAAAAACAAAAACCAAAUCCCAGCAUACAUGACAUUCGCCCUAUUUUCACAUGCACGAGUCCAUUGUAAAAUGGAAGAAAAGAUCAUGAUAGCUACUGGUGUACUGGUUUUACACGUCUGCUAGAAUAAAUCAUACACAUGCAUGACUAA